CACGACCGUCCCCAUCUCUUCCAAAACUUCCACCAUCCCCCUUCCCCCUUAAACAGGCUCUUCCCAUCCCUCCGCCGAAUCCGCCAAAAAUAUACUGGAACGCCUGCCACGUUAAACCCAAGAACAAGCAGUGUCUGCAAUGGCUCCGCAAACACCGCCCGACUCAGCAAAAACAAACUAACACAACAGAACACAAUCGGCGUCGUAAUCCAUGUCUUAUACGGCCGUUCCAAAUACGGCUCUCGGAUGCGCAGCACAAUUAGUCCCAGCACCGUCAGGAAAUAGAACGUGUACCCCGCCACGCCGUAGAAGGUGACCAGCGUCCCAAACUCGCCGACGGAGAGGUAGAUGGCCGUCAGAGUGAAGUUGAACAGCAUGGCAUAGAUGGGCGUGUAGCCGAUGCCGAUGUCAUCGCCGAAGAGGCUGAUGAGGGCCUUGUGGAACCAGGAGCGGUGGCGGAGACGUGACCCAGCCGAACUGGCGGCGGAGCCUGCUAUGCCAAUUUUUCCGAAGAUGGAGGGUAGGUAGCCCUCGCGCCCUGCGGCGUAGAUGAGUCUGCCGGAGGUAAAGGCGGUGGCGUUUAGGGCGCCGAAGCAGCUGGCGGAGACGACGAGGGCGAGCACGAGGGCGCCGAUGGGUCCAAAGACCUUCCCGCCGAAUUGGACGGCGACGGUGUUGGUUGCGUUUAUAGUUGAAGAGGGUAGAACGAAGAAGUAGGAGAUAUUUGCAAGCAUGUAGCAUAGGAUGACGGCGGGCAUUGCGGUGUGGAUUACUCGGGGGAGAUCGCGGCUGGGGUUUUUGAAUUCUCCCGUAACGUAAUUUGUCUAGAUUCUCACGGGUUAGUUAGUGCAUCUACAAGAUAAAUCGGGCGGGCAACUGGGGACAAAGAUUAAAGAAACAAAGACAUACGUUAUCCCAACCGUCAAACGCCCACAAACCCGCAUAUAGAGCUACCGCCCAGCUUGAGACAUCGGUGCUGGUUCCCUCAAACCAGCUCGUUGUCCGCCAUUUCCGAUCCGGCUCGCCAUUAUAUGACAGUCCCGUGGCCGCAACAACGAUUCCAAUGAUGGUAACCCCAAGUAGGGCCAAAAACUUGAAAAACAUAAACAUGUCCCCAAUGCGCGUACCCAGGCGCGUGGAUAUGCAGUUUAGGCCUGUUACAACAGUGAGACCCAGAAUGGCCACUCCUUUAUUAACCCAAGGGCUAAUCGCCUCGACAUCCGCCCCGACUAUCGCCCGCACAACGUACUCGCCAAAUAUAAUAGAGAUGAUGGCCGCGGAGCCCGGCUUCAGCACAAAUACUGCAGACCAGGUAAACAAGAAUCCGAUCAGCUCCCCAAAUAUCUUAGCCAGAUACACCUGCGCACCGCCAUUCAGAGGUAUCGCGCCCCCUAGUUCCGCAUAACUCGCUCCGCCGGUCCAGGCCAGAAGGCCCGCAACAGCCCAGACAAUCAGCGAGGCGCCAGGGGAACCCGCGUUCGAAUUGACCCGGCCGGGAGACGAGAAGAUGCCCGAUCCGAUCACCAAUCCGAUAAUCAACGACAGACCGUUCAAAUACGUCAGUGUCUUGUGUCUUUCGAGCGAGCCGUCGAUGACGCCGUUGUGGCGGUCUAGCGAGAGGACUGAGGGCGCACCGAGCGGGGCAUAGCCGCCCACGGUCUGUGAGAGGGGGAAGAGGUUACUGCCAAAGUCGAAGGCGGAGGAGACGGAGUAGGAUCGUGCGUGUCUCGGGCGUGAGGUGUCGUAGAGGUGGUCGGAGAAGGGGUCUUGGUUCUCGAGGGAGGCUUUUCGGGAGGAGGAUAUGCCGGAGGGUGAGGAGGAGCGGGAGCCGUCUUGUCCGUCGUCACCAGUACGGGUCCCAGAGGAGGAGGCGAGAGAGGCUAGCUCAAGGGAAUCUCUGGACGAGUCGCCAACAGGCCAUCUUGAUUCCCUAUGGGUAACGGUCAUGCUUCGGAGGAUGGUGUGGUGUGCGUUGUCGUUAUUUGAGGGGGGUUUAUAUGAGCGCCUAGGAAGAGAUCACGUUCAACGUUGUCGCCAUUCCAGAGAAGACUGGUUCUAGGUGGAUGCGUUUCAGCGGGUUCUACAUUGGGUAUCAAAUCAUGAAGUCGUAGACAGAGUAAUGUAUCCGAGUUGCUGUUUGUUAUUGUUGUGGCUGCUGUUGUUGUUGCUGUCUGCGGAUUGACGUUGUUGAUGUUUGUUGAUCUGAACAAUUGAAUUUUGGGCGCAUCAAAUACCAGAAAAGGAGCAGUUGAGGAGAACAUGGAGAUACCUUGCCGCUAGUGCACUUCUGUAGGGAGAUCGCUGUACUCUUUGGUACUACUCUGGUCAUAAGCGCCGACCAAGCUUUUUGCGGGAAACCAAAAAGAAGAGAAUAAAUAAACUAAAACAUGUUUAAAGAAAAAACUAAAACCAAUCGCAUUUCUAUAUAAACUACGGAGUACUCUCAUUCAUCUCCCUGGUAUAUCCCACCCUCCUCCGCUCUUUUCUAGCGAAACAACUUUAUAGAUGUCCCUCCUUCAACCUGCGAAGCGUCUCCGCCUUUCCGCCCUCCCAUCUCCCGCUGCCCAUUGUCGCCGAAGUGUCUCCGCUGUCUCCGCUGCCUCCGCUGCCUCCACGAAUCCCUCUCCCCCAAAGCAACGAAGAUGGCUCCGGGUUACAAUAGUCACAGUCGCUGCCGCUGCCAUUGGCGCCUACGUUCGAUAUGAAAAAGAAUCGUCCACCGCAACCCUGAACCCAUACACCUUCACACAAUAUGAGCUAGCCUCUAAAACGCCUGUCUCCUCAACCAGCAGCAUAUUCACCCUGCGCCCAGUGAAGCCAGGGAAUAAUGAUGUGGUGUACAAAGAUGCUUGGCAGAGGGGUCUAUGGAGUGUCCAGUUCAAACAGCCACAGCUACAGAUUGGACGGGAUUACACGCCUCUGCCUCCUAUUCCUGCGGCGAGGGUAGAGGGGGCGGGUGGGGAGAAGGAAGGUGGUGGUGGAGGAGGGGGAGGAGGAGGAGGAGGAGAGACAGAUGACGGCGUCUUGCGGUUUCUGAUCCGGAAAGAUCCCUACGGAGAAGUAUCUGGAUACCUGCACAAUCUGCCGAUAGGUGCAAGGCUGGAUAUUCGUGGCCCACGGUUGGAUUACAUAUUGCCCGCUGAUGUGGAGGAGAUCCUGUUUAUUGCUGGCGGGACGGGGAUUGCGCCGGGUCUUCAGGCUGCACAUGCCCUGUUUAGAAAUAAUAACAAACGACCGGACUUGAAGAAGACAAAAAUGCAUAUAUUGUGGGCUAAUCGGCGGAGGGAGGAUUGUCUGGGAGGCGUAAAUGACAGUCCUGCCGGGCCAAGCGCCGGUUCACUGCCAUGGUGGAAACGGGUUUUCAGCACAAACAAAGAUUUGUCUGUAACGGAGCACACCCCGCAGACCGCAAUUGCGAGGAGCCCUACGGUCAGAUACCUUGAGGAGUUGAAAGCUCAGUAUCCAGGCCUGCUUACUGUUGAUUACUUUGUGGAUGAGGAAGGGACUUUGAUUGGAAGCAAUUCAAUAUUGAAUUUUACGAAGCCGGAAGCGGCAAAUGAGAUACAGAAGAGGAGUGCCGGUGCUGCGAGGAAAUUGAUUCUUAUAUCUGGGCCUGACGGGUUUAUCAGUUACCUGGCAGGGCCUAAGAUGUGGAGUGGAGGACAAGAAAUCCAGGGUCCGCUCCAGGGUCUUAUACGCCGGCUGGACUUGAAGGAUUGGUCGGUCUGGAAGCUUUGAGAAGAUCGUCGACGUCCGACAUAUUUCAAUUCUGUGAUUAAAAAUUUCCAUCUUCUCUUGGGCUCUUUUAUUUAUCUUGGUAUAUCCUGGUAUAUUGCAUAGCCUUGGAGUCUGGUUGAAUAUAUCUCCAGUGCACGGUAUUCCUUUACCUUCUCGGUCUCUUUCUGUUCAUCUACCUUAAGAUCUAACCAUAUCUUGUUUUCAUGUUGAAGCAUAAUCAUCUCAUCUUAAAAAAAAAAAGGCGAAAGGCGUGAAGAGAGGGUGUUCUUCAAGAAAUAUCACAGCCAGCUUACUCCCGCCCAUUCGCAAAAUCCUCCAGAUAAACCGCCAAUUUCUCCACAUUCUCCACUGGUACGGCAUUGUAAUUGCUGAUCCGGAUACCACCUACGCUGCGGUGGCCCUUUAGACCCUGAAGAAGCCUCUUCUCCGCCCCAGCCAGGAACACCUUCUCCUUCUCCGCAUCCCCGCCAUAGACACGGAAGCAAAUAUUCAUCCUACUCCGCACGCUCUUAUGUGGUACGACGCCGUAAACCUGCGGAUAUUUAUCCAACGUAGCGUAUAACAGCUCUGCCUUGCGGUUUGCAAUCACUUCCUGCCCGCUGACCUUCUUAUCUCCGUAAGUCUCCACCAGCUUGGCCAUAACCUCGCCGGCGAUCCAGAGGUUGAAUAUAGGCAAGGUGUUGUAGAGAGAGUUAUUUUUGGCGAUAGUGGCGUAAUCGAACAUGAUGGGGCCGGGGAGCCCGCCAAUUUCUAGUUUACGAAGAAGCUCUGGAGAUGGUGUUGCUGUGUGAGGUGGCAGAAGCGAUUUCCGGAUAAUAACCACGGUGAUUCCAGCGACGCCAACGUUCUUUUGGGCCCCGG